AUGACUGGUAGAGGGAGACAACGCAAGGCAAAGAGUCCUGACACUAAAUGUGGCAAGACUAAAACUAGACCGGAGGAAAUUAAACAAGAACUUCUGCCCAGAUGUCCAAGGAAAAACUUUAAAGAAGAGAUGCAGAAUGGCAUGACAAAGGAACAGAAACCAAAUGAGCAGAAAAGAGCAAACCACACUGAAGAGACACCAUCUGUACAGAGCACACGGAAAGACAAGACCACAAAACAUUUCACAGAAGCUCCAAUAGAAGGCACUAAUGCCAAAACCUGUGCUAGCAGGACCAAAACCACAGAAGAGGAGAUAAAGACGCAGACACCAAACGAUACCACAAAGGAUUCUCUAAAGACCACAAAAGCAAAAACAUGUGGUGGGAAGGCCAAAUCGCCAGAACAAUUUUCAGAGGAGAUGACAAAGAUGCAGCUAAAGACACCGAAGGACACCACAAAGGCUUCUAUAAAGACCACAAAAGCAAAAGCAUGUGCUGGCAAAGCUAGCACAGCGGCUGGCAAAGAAGCUCUACAUUGCUUCAAAGAGGAGACAACCAAGUUGAAUCCAGAAACAUGUAAGGACACCACAAAGACUUGUGUACCCCAAGACAUGUGUAAAGACAAAGCUGCAGUGGACUCUCUCCUCCACGCAACUCUUGAAAAAUUGAAGAUUAAGAAGAAUGAAAAAGCAGAUGCAGCAGAAGCCAUCAACAAAAUAAUAACAAAUAUCGUCAUGCAUUUGAAACAGAACACUCAGUGCUUUAAAGAAGUAGAAGAGCCAUUACAUACUGGAAGCUACUAUGAAAAUCUGAAGAUUUCUAAUCCUGAUGAAUUUGAUGUCAUGCUGCCCGUUCCUGUUAACCGAGUGAACAUUCAACCAUUUGGAGAUGAUGGAGCCUUUUACAGUGUGGCAUUAAAACGUGGCAGCUCUCUGCAAAAAUUUCAAGAGGACAGCACUUUGUCCGCCAGUAUGAUGCUCAAGGAGUUCAGGGAAGAAGUGAAGAAAAGUGUCAAGACAUUUACAGAAUGGGAGGUGGAAAAAAAGAAAAAAGGCUGCCCUGCAGUGACCCUGAUCACAAAACUACAAUCAGUCACCAUUUCACUGGAUGUUGUUCUCUGUCUCGUGGUUAAAUCGAGCUGGCCAUCAUUCACCAAAGACGGCCUUAAAAUAGAGGGCUGGCUGGGAUCUAAAGUAAAGCAGGAACACAAGCGAAAGCCAUAUUAUCUUGUCCCAAAAUAUGAAGGCAGAGGAACAGUGGAAAAUGAUGGGGUCCCUGCUAAGAAUAGUUGGCGGGUUUCAUUCUCUCAUAUUGAGAAGGCCAUACUGAAGAAUCAUGGAUCGGAGAAGACAUGCUGCGAAAAAGGCGGAGAACGCUGCUGCAGGAAGGACUGUUUGAAGCUCCUAAAGCACCUUCUGAGUCUGCUGAAGGAAAAAGACUCUUCAUUUGACAAGUUCUGCUCCUACCACGCCAAGACAACGCUCUUACAUGCCUGCUGCUCUAGAAAUAAAGACAGUGAUUGGAGGGCCUCAAGUCUUAGUCACUGUUUUCAGCUGCUCCUGCAGGACUUUGUAGCCUCUCUAAAAGUUUGUUUCCUCCCCAACUUCUUCAUACCAUCUCAGAACCUGCUCUCCGGUUGUAGCCAGAAGAGAUGCAAAAACCUGGCUCGUUGUAUCAGGGAGGAAGGUGACAACGGCUUUCCCAUUUUCAGUGUGUGAAGUGUUUGUCUUGACUAUUGGUGUUUGAAACAUCCUUUAAGUAAAAAUUGGGCAACUAAGCCAGAGUAAUCUUUCAAGGAAUUAAAGUAUAAUAAAAAUGGCAUUCAUGUGUAAUGUUUUCAUUCCUGUGCGUACUAAAUUAAUUCUCUCUUAUUUCUUCUCAUUUAUU